AUGGGCGCGGGCGUGGGCAAGACAAAGAAGGGCCAAACGGGAGUGGUGACGCAGUAUGACAAUUUCAACGACUACCUGCGCAAUCGCGACACGGUCGCUGAUGCGGUUUCCAAUGAGAAAGACAAGAAGCGGCACAGCGGAGCCAGCACCGGUUCGGGCUCCAAAUCCAAUACAACCGCAGCGGGCACUGCUGGGAAUCAUGCCCGAGGCAGCAGACCACAUGCCUCGAGCUCGGAAGAGGAGCCGAUGUCCUCGAGCAGCGAAACGCGACAGGAAAAUUACAAGCGGAAAUACCAGAUGGCGGCCAUGCCCUCGCAGGAAGGGUGGCACGAAAAGAAGCACCGCAGCAAGGAGCGCGGCGCCCCCCUGGUGGGAAGCGACGGGGAAAAACACUACCGAGCGAAAAAUAAGCGCGACCGCGAGGAGCAGGCGGGCGAAGGGACCACGACCCAGGGCGGGCACCUGAACACGUUCCGCGGCAAGCCUGUGGAUGAAGACAUGGUGGCCCGGUUGUUCUUCGAGUGGCAACACGGGCACGACUGGAAGCAGUACGAGGGCAAAUACCAGGAGAUUCUGAAGCACGCGUUUGUGAAACACUACCCGACCAUCAAGUUCUACAUUGGCAAAAACGACUACGAGGUGAACUUCCGGCAAAUGACGCAGAAGAAUCUCAAGACGGGCAACGUGAAAAAGAUUCGCAUGUUGUCUGCCGGUCUUGACGACGACACGGCCGCGGCAGGGGCAGCGCAUCUCCAAGGCCGCAUGCCGGAGUCCAAGUUUCAGUGGUUGGAAGGAGGAGACAAAUGGAAGGACUUUGAGUACAAGAGUUGAAGUUUUGAGUACCUUCUAAAAUCAGUAAAAUUUGUGCCCAGGAUUACAAACUUUUUCCCUGUUUCAUCUUUUGUCUGGUGCAUCUGCAUGCGAUGGAUACGCCCAGAUACUAACGCUGAAGAUGGAAAGAAUCACCAACCUUGAAGCAAGAUGAAAUAACUGCCAAACCUGCUUGACCGCUUCAGUAUCUAUUGCAAGCACCUUUAGAUGUCUAUAAAGCAAUUCACUACUAAUAGUUGGGCCGCAGACAAGCUGCUUUGGCAGGACUACAAGCGGGGUAUGGCGACGACACGGCUUACCAUCAUGGGUCACAACUACGACAUCGACUACCUGGAGUGGACGCAAACGAACAUUCGGACGAAGAAGGUGCGGAAGAUUCGACUGAAGAACAUCGUCGACCAAGGCAUGACACCCGACGCCAACUUCGCGGCCGGAGAGCAGAAGCGCAACUUCACCGCUGCAGGAACAGCAGAGGAAAAAGUAAAAAUUGAAAUUUGUCGAUCUUGAUUUGCUACACUUAGAGUUUUGCCUUUUAUUGCCAUUGCUCUGAUGAAGUCAUGCCAUCUGGAGUAAGGACCGUGUACAUUGGCCUUCAUGUGUCAGUGUCAUCUCACACGACUACAAUCCUCGUCCUUGUGUUAUCCUACCAUCGCGGUGCAAAUAAAACCUUCCCAGGAGCCACAGCCGACUGAACAGCAGGAGGACUAUGCGCAAUUUCUGUUUCAGUUCUACGAGGAUAGCAACGGCAAGUGGCUGAACUACCCCAAGUCCGAGCAGAAGCAGCUCGCGGAAGCGUGGGCCAGCAAGAAGGACGUGGUGGAACUCGGCCCGGAGAUGAAGAUCGACUUCAAGGAGAUGAAGGAAAACGGCCGCAUUCCCGUCCGCCGCGUGAACCUCAUGAAGACGAAAACCCACUACCCCUACCGCGGGCAGGGCAACCGAGUUCCCGAGGACAACCCGAACAACAAGAGGGACGUACUUUACUACACCAUAAUUUUUCAUCGAAUAGCUAUUUUUCAAGCUUUGAUGAACUCGCCCUUUCUCCAUGGAUGCCAAAGCCCGAAACAGGGUCAGUACUCUCAUCAUGAUCCUUUGCUGCCAUAAGUAGAGCUUCUUGGCGUUACUGCAGGAAAAGGUUGUUUAGGAGCUCCUGUAAGCACCUUUGGUAUGUAUCUUUCUAUGCAGUGCUUCGAAUGGUACGAUCCCGAGACCGACCAGUGGCACGUGUACGCCGCCCAAGAGGAUAAGAAAUUGAAGUACGCGUGGCUGAACAAGCAGCCGACGGUCCGGUUCGAGAUGAAUUUCGAGCCCUACGAGGUGAAUUUCGAGAUGCUGAAGCAGAAAAACCUGCAAACCAGCGAGGUUCGGAGCAUCCGCAACCCGAUCAAGUUUGGCGCGUUCCGGCGCCGCAGCAAGACGCAGGGCUACGACAACGCGGACUUUUUUGAGGACCUGCACCGCGAGCGGGUAUGACAGAGCACAACUUCAACUCCCCCUCCCCCUCACUUGUCAUGCAAAAUCCCAAAUCUACCUUUUGCCUGUUAGCACUCUUUGCAUGGCAGAUUCCGAAAGCCAAAACAGCACUACGAUCCUCUCGCAGUUUGUUAUGCAAAAGCUGCAUCUUUGCCAGCGCUUGUGUUGCUGUUCAUGCAACACAAAUGAGGGGGAGGGGGAGUUGUGCACUGUCAUAGCGGGCGGAGGAGCAGCAGAAGGAACGGGACGCGCAGUUCCGCAAGACACCGAAGGAGUGGGACGGCAUUUGGGGGCGACGGUUCACGACAGGCGGAGCAGGGAAUAACGACAAGAACACGAAGCAGCAAUGGAAAAACGCUUUUUUCGGCGCCGGGGGCGGCGCGCGGAAGGCCGGUGUGGACCCACCAGACGGCAACAACGCGACCGCGGGCGGAGCCGGGGCUGGCGGCAAACAGGAGAACCAGGAAAAUAAGAAGAGAAAGGCUUCCGGGCAGCCGGGUCCGCACGGCAACGACCCGUUCUUCCGGGCGAACUUUGGCACCACACCGGACCCAGGUUCGGACAGCGGCUCCGACACCGGGCGCAAUAACCGCAACGACGCGCGACCGAAGAAGCCCACGCCGCUGCCGACGGGACCCAAGCUGGACGCCUCGGUGAACGUGGCGACGCGGGAGCUGCACCAACAGAUGGAACGGGCGCUGAACGAACCCCUGGCCGAACGCAAGGCGAAAAUUAAGAAGUGGCAGCUCCAGUAUCACCCGGAUAAAAACCCGGAAAAAAUGGACAAGUGCACGCAGGUGUUCCAGUUUCUCAUGCAGCACAAGGAGUGGUUCCUGCUUGGAGCCUCGCCCAACAACAGCCCGCAGACAAAGCCCACUCCGGGGAAGAAGAAAUAAGAAAGAGUGGUCUUUUAUCCGUUUCGCGCUUGCUGCGCCGAAGUAGAUCUUUUGUGCGGCAUCAAAGAAAACCCCUCAGUCUCCAUCUUCAUCUGUGAAUCGCUGACGUACUAAACGGAGUCAACUACAUGAUAUUCGCGUUGACAUACUAGCGAUAGCAGGGCAGCAACACUAAAGCCUGUGCCGGUGCGGAAGUGCGGGUCUGGCAGCUACUUCCUCCGGGACGAUUUCGCUCCACCACAGAUGACUCGCUCUGUCGUUAUUUAUUUUUUUCCGAUCAGCACGCCGAUGCCGACCAAUGUUCUGCUUCUGCCUUUUCACCAGAGAGCGUGUCAGUCUAAAAAAAUUGAUC